CACUACCAAGUCUGUGCUUAUAUACACCGUAUAUACCCUAUACACCGUUUUCAUAGUUGUAAAACGAAACAAGAUUUUUCUUAUUUUCAUGAAGUAAUAGAAAACAUUUUAUUUAUUUCCGUGUUGUAAAGAGAUCAAUGCAAGUAAUUACCAUGAAAGUAGGUACAAUAUGUAAUUAUAUUCGUUUAUUUUCAACUGAACAUAUUGUACCAAAAAUUUGCAUUGUUGGUGCAGGACCAGCAGGAUUUUAUGCUGCGCAACACUUACUAAAGACUUCCAGCAAUAUAAAUGUGGAUAUAUUGGAAAAAUUCCCAGUACCGUUUGGUUUAGUACGUUUUGGCGUAGCUCCUGAUCAUCCAGAAGUGAAAAAUGUUAUUCACACUUUUGAAAAAACUGCGUCUAAUCCACGUUUUCAAUUUAUAGGAAAUGUUAACGUAGGAAAAGAUGUCACUGUAAAGCAGUUACAAGAAAUUUACCAUGUAGUUUUGCUGACGUAUGGUGCAGAAGAAGACAAAUUACUUAACAUACCUGGAGAAAAUUUAACUAAUGUAGUAUCUGGACGACGUUUUAUUGGUUGGUAUAAUGGAGUGCCACACGAUAGUAAUUUAAACAUUAAUUUAAAUGUGGAUGAAGUAGUUGUGGUAGGGCAAGGCAAUGUUGCUAUAGAUGUUGCAAGAAUUCUGUUAUCGCCAAUAGAUAGAUUAAAGAAUACUGAUAUAACAUCAUUUGCCUUAGAACGAUUGUCACAAAGUAAAGUGCGUAAAGUAUCGUUGAUAGGAAGAAGAGGACCAUUACAAGCUACUUUUACAAUUUCUGAACUACGCGAAAUAUUAAAGUUGCCUGGCUGUAGAACAUACUGGCACCCAACUGAUUUUGUAAAUGUAAAGAACGUAGUUAACACGUUAGCCAGACCACAGAAAAGAUUGACUGAACUUAUGUUAAAGUAUUUAGAAGAAACACCUGAAAAUACAGCAAUAAAUGUAAAAGAAUUACAUCCAAUCUUUUUAAGAAGUCCUGUGGAAUUUUUGGGUUCCGAUAGUGUAAAAGGUAUUAAACUAACGGUAAAUCGCCUUGAAGGAGAUGAUAUAUCUAAACAAAUCGGAGUACCGACUGGAUCUUUUGAUGAAAUGUCAUGUGGUCUAGCAUUUCGUUGUAUUGGUUAUAAAUCUCCUCAGAUAGAUGCAUCAAUACCAUUUGAUACCAAACUUGGUCGCGUAAAAAAUUCAAUAGGCAAAGUCAAAGAUAAUCUUUAUACUGCAGGUUGGGCUGCAACAGGCCCUAGAGGAGUUAUAUUAUCAACUAUGUCGAAUGCGUUUCAAGUUGCCGAAUUAAUAAUUAAAGAGCUAUCAGUUACAGACAACAAACCAGGUUCGAUAGAUUUGUACAAAAUUCUUGGUCAAAAAGGUGUACCUACAGUAUCGUACAGUGAUUGGAAGAAAAUUGAUGAAGUAGAAUGUAAGAAAGGAAAGGAAUUGGGAAAACCAAGAGAAAAAAUAGUUGAUAUUAAUGAAAUGUUAGACAUUGUUUUUAAAAAAUAA